CUCAGUGCCAUCAUCCAGACUGGAUCCAGGCAGGAGCAGCCCAAGGAACAGAGUAACUCACUUGGAGGUGCAGCCCUUUGCCAUCCGUGUCACAGGUGAUUUUGAAGGCUGCUCUGGGUAGUUCAUCCCACAAGGUAUCACCAGGCUAACAACAACAGGUUGUGGCUUAACUGGGCUGUGGAAGGAGAGAGUUUGGACGAUUUGGUUUCACUUCUGACGGUACAAACAGUUUUGAUCUUGCAAGAUCCAAACACAACUGAUGCCUGCAGUGAACUUCUCUCAGAAAUACUUUGUUUCUCUGCUGUUUCACUGUUACUUCUUCAUGAAAAAUGCUGUUCUGUUUAAAAAGCAAGACCAGGAUCACCACAUGGGAACAGAAGAGGAUAUUCAGACAAGUCACAGGAGAAUGCAGCAUGAAGGAGCCCAGCAAGUACCCAGUGUAGAAUUGACCUUCUGAGCGCUUGCACAUGGAAUCAUUCGGCCACACCAAGUUUUGCUGAGUCUUGCUUCAGCCUCUGUCAGCAGCAGAAUGACAAGUCCAUCAUACACUGCCCCAAAUCAAAGAGAAGCCUAUCAUCACUUGAUGAGGUUUGACCAAGGAAUCCAAGUCUGAGUCAGUCAGGACUCUGAGAGCAUGCUCGGAGCUGCAGACCUGGCCAUAGUUACCCCAUUAGAUGCAAUUUGCUGACAAAUGUUUAUCAUGCAAAUUAAAAGAAGGGAGACAACCACCAUGUCAUCAGCUGUUCCAAGCGUCCUGCAGAGAGGCCCAGGCUUGGUGUCACAUGGAGAAGACAAGCAUAUGAUUGUUCCAAAGGAGCAGACAGCAACUCUCAGGAAAAAAAUCCAGAGGAGGCCACCCCAGGUGAAGAUUCCACGCAAGGCAAGAGGCAGGAGUAUCAGCAUGUCGUAGAGGAUGGCUGCAGAAGGACUCCUCUGGGCUGGCAGCUCCCAAGAAACACCUUUACUAGGAGCAGGACAGAGCAAUGGAUGGUGACACUUGCACUGUGCUAUCACCAAUAGCUGACUGGCACCUGUCUACAGGAUGGAUCAGUGACUACACCUGCAGGUACUCAACCUAUUCAUAGUGACUGAAGAUUCAAGCUCAUUUGACAACAAAGAGCCUUCUUUGCAGACAUUCAAUACUGCUGCGCCUUGCAGAGAUGUUCAGGACUUGACUAACGGGGUUGCCAUGGCACAGGUCCUUCACCAAAUAGACGUGGCUUGGUUUGAUGCAUCGUGGCUGAAUCGCAUUAAAGAUGAUGUUGGUGACAACUGGAGAAUAAAGUCCAGUAAUCUGAAGAAGAUACUGCAAGGAAUUAUGGACUAUUAUCAUGAGUUCUUGGGUCAGCAGAUUUCAGAAGAGCUUAUUCCAGACCUAAACCAGAUAUCUGAGAACUCGGAUCCCACUGAACUGGGCAGGCUGCUGCAGCUUAUUUUAGGUUGUGCAGUCAACUGUGAAAGGAAACAAGAACACAUCCAAAAUAUUAUGACCCUUGAGGAGUCAGUUCAGCAUGUUGUCAUGACUGCCAUUCAAGAGCUCAUGAGCAAGGAAAUAACAGGUCCUUCCACAAGUGAGGCAUCAAGUGAAAUUGAACUGCAGCUUAAAAAAGCCUUGGAGGAUCUGCAGGAAGCACUGGCAGAAAAAGAAGAGUUGGCACAAAGGUGUCAAGAGCUUGACUUACAGGUGGCUGCUCUCCAGGAUGAGAAAAACAGCUUGAUGUCAGAAAAUGAGAUUAUGAAUGACAGGCUGGAGCAAUUAGAUGACUCUCUUGAUGAUCCAAAUACUGCCGUUGCAAAGAAGUAUUUCCAUGCACAGUUACAGCUGGAACAACUUCAAGAAGAAAACUUCAGGCUUGAAGCUGCAAAAGAUGAUUAUCGUGUCCAUUGUGAAGACCUAGAGAAACAGCUGAUUGAACUGCAACACAGAAACAAUGAACUGACCUCUUUGGCAGAAGAAUCUAGAGCCUUGAAAGAUGAAAAUGAUAUUCUUAGGAGUACUGCAGACAAGGCAAGCAAGCUGGAAUCCACUGUGGAAGUGUAUCGCAGAAAGCUGCAGGAUCUGAAUGACUUCCGCAGACAAGUGAAGUCUCUGCAGGAAACCAACAUGAUGUACAUGCACAAUACAGUCAGUCUGGAGGAGGAGCUGAAGAAAGCCAACGCAGCACGGGCCCAGCUGGAGACCUACAAAAGACAGGUCCAGGAGCUUCAUAACAAACUGUCUGAGGAAUCCAAAAGGGCUGAUAAGCUGGCAUUUGAAAUGAAGAGACUUGAAGAAAAACAUGAAGCUUUAAUCAAAGAGAAGGAGAGACUGAUAGUACAGUGUGAUGCGUUGAAAGAGACAAAUGAAGAGCUCCAUUAUUCACAGAUGCAACAGGAUCACCUGAGUCAAACAGGUGCAUCUCGUGACAAAAGCCAUGAGAAUCUUGCUGCUGAAAUUCUGCCAGUGGAAUAUAGAGAAAUGUUUAUCCGGCUGCAGCAUGAAAAUAAGAUGCUCCUAUUGCAACAGGAAGGGUCAGAAAAUGAGCGGAUCUCCGAGCUCCAGGAACAGCUGGAGCAAAAGCAUCGGACAGUGAACGAACUAGAAACUGAAAAAAGGCUAAAUGAAGAGCGUAUUGGAGAGUUACAGCAGCAGAUUGAAGACCUGCAGAAGGCUUUGCAGGAGCAGGGAUCCAAGACUGAAGGAUCCAGCAACCUGAAGCAGAAGUUGGAAGCACACAUGGAGAAGCUGAAUGAAGUCCACGAUGAGUUGCAGAAGAAAGAGGCUGACCUUGCAGAACUGCAGCCUGAUGUCAGUCAGAACCCAGCUCAGAAGAUCGGAGAGCUGGAAGCAGCACUGCGAAAAAAGGAUGAGGAUAUGAAAGCAAUGGAAGAAAGAUACAAAAUGUACCUUGAGAAAGCAAGAAAUGUGAUAAGAACCUUAGACCCCAAGUUAAAUCCUGCAUCAGCAGAAAUCAUGUUGCUCAGGAAACAGCUCACGGAGAAAGACAAAAAGAUUGAAGCACUAGAGGCUGAAUACAAACUUGCUAAGUUACGUGAUUAUGAGGAGAAGCUAAUUGUAACUGCAUGGUAUAACAAGAGCCUCAGUCUUCAGAAGCUAGGUAUGGAAGCAAGGCUGGUUGGCAGCAGCGGUGCCUGCAAAGACGGACCUGGACGCUCCUUCCUAGCUCAACAACGUCACGUCACCAAUACCAGAAGGAAUCUCACUGUUAAAGUACCAGGUGCAACAUCUGAUUGAGCCACAAGGACCACGAGGAAAACUCAUAAGCUGAAGUGUCCUUACAUGUUUUAUGGCUUCCACUUUACGUGAUGAAAGAGGAGCUUAGAAUGGUGGGCAGCUGUGACUGUGACAUCAGAACCUCUUUGAGACACGAUUAAGUUGAUCAGCAGCGUGUCUAGAAGGUAGUGCAUAGUUUUCCAAGGAGGAAUAGGUUUAAUAACUGCAGGAUGUAUUUCCAAGCACAACUUAAAAGAUUUAUAUUUGCCUUCAGAAUAUAUUGUAAAUAUGAAAACUGGCACUAUAUAUUUAAAACUUUAUUUAAUGGGUUUGGGUUAGAAAGGUGACUUUUGUAGUGGGGAAGACGUUAUGCAAAAAUGGACUUCAGGAAACUGGCAAGAUCAGGCAGUCCUGCUGGGCUCUUCUGAGAAUAAACUGAAAAGGUUGGUACCAUGUUCUUAAAGAGACUUUUUAAAGAGUAUUAAGUUACAGCUUUAAAAGGCUUAGAUGGAGGGAAAAAGGUGUUGUGCAAGCUGACUCGUUAGAGAAGGCAAGGCAGGAUUUGUUUUGUUGUGUCUCAAGUGAGAAGCAGAAUUAACUCUGAUUUAAAAGAAACAAAAGAUAAAGUUUGUACAUAUAUACCUUAAGGAAAACCUGUCUUUAAGAGGUUGAACUUCACUGAAGCCAAAUGAGCUGGGUUCUUUAGGUAACAAAAAAAACUAUUACACUAAUGCAGAUGUCUGGGCUAUAUUUUAAAAGUCUGGCAUAUAGGUACCCUGCAUUUACUUGCAGAAAGGGGCUUAGGUGGGCAGGAACCCCACUUACUUUCAGCUAUUUAUGCAACUCUGAACCCCUUUUAUUUCCAGCUAUUUAUGCAGCUCUGUCCACAGAGUUCUUUUCUUUUUACCUCUUUUUGUAGUUUCACUUCAGUUAUUCUGAACUAAUUGCGUGAGGCAGAUGAAUGCUUUGCUAAUUUGGGCAGCAAAGAUGAUUUGUUGGCAGGGAGAAGAGUGCAUAAACUGCAAGAGUUUUGCAGUAUUUAGCUCAAAGAAGAUGAGCUGGAGGUCGAUACCUGAAAUGUGUGGGAAGUUGCUGUCUUUCACGACGUUUGUGUUACUUUAUUUACCAAAUGCUUUAUCUUUGUUGUGAACUUUGCUUUGAGGAAACUCAUUAAUGUCUUCUGCUUUGCAAACUGCCUGGAACAAAUUCAUUUAUCCCCAUAGUUAGAGAAAAUUCAUUUACAGCAGCCCAUAAACUGAAUAUAUUGAAGUGUUUGAGGAUGCUGUAGCAGUCUGUGAUUUAAUACAGAACUCAGCCAUAUGGGUGAAGGAAAGCAGAUGUCUGUCUUCAUCAUUAAGGUCACCUUUGAAUUGAGACACCAGGGCUCAGCUUUGCAGAAUUUAAGUUCUGGGUAGUCUUUUCAUUGCUUGCAUGUCCCUUAGUAUGCCUUGUUCUUUGAUUUCUCCCUUCCCCAGCAUCUUAAGUUCCUUACCGGGCAUUGCACGCAAUGCUAGAGGAAAAGGGAAGUGUGCAUUCUUAAUGCUUACCUGGUGUUGCUUCUUAGUUGUGGUGAGAGUUUGAGUGUUAUAUACAUUUAGGCAUUCAACAGAUUUCCUCUUUGACAACUUGUCUACACAAAGCCACUUCCAUGCUAGAUAAUGGUGUGAGCAGAGACCGCGAUAGACAAACUGCCAGGUGUGUCUGUCAGGUUGUGUUCUUCAGGACUUUAAUGCUUCUUUGGACUACCUCUUCAGUUUUGAGGUCUUUUAUUGCUGAAAAUGAUAUUAUUGGGGUUUGUGCUUUUAAGAUGCAGUUGCUUGUUUAAUCUGUUAGUGGUGUGGGAGCUGGCGUUGAGCAGUGGAACAGGAGCCUGUCUGAGCAGGAUGCUUACGUUUCUGAAGCCUGGUACUUCAGUGUGUUCUAGUGAAAUGUGAAACUGUCACUGGUGGUGUCGAGUGGGUCUCUUAACCCUUGUUCUCUACAGCAUGGAAACCUUCAUGGAUGUCUUUCAAAUACUCCUCUAGUUAGUAGGCUUGUUGCAUUUGUACUUCUCACAGUAGUAGAGCUGUGUCGGUAGUUGUAGCAGGUGCUGAAUAGUGGAACAACUUGGAGCAAAUGUUUUUGAUGUACACUUCUCAAAACUGCAGACCCUGGGACCAAAAGUGACCAAGAACCUCCUUCUUGAAUUGAAGUUUGUCUUCUGAAUAUCAACAUGAAACUAAAGAUGGGGAUCAGCCUUUUUGUCAGAGCAAGGAUGGCCCCAGUGGGCUUGCUGGCACUGCCAAAACUGAAGCAGGUUUUCAGGGGUUAGAUGAAAUGUUACUAACUUUGGUGUUUCUUUGGUACUGAGGACCUGUUUAAGAGUGGCUGUUUUGUAACUGGCUAAACUUGGGUUAGGUCCUAUGAAUGAGGAACAGAUCUGUAAAAAUCAAUAUUUGAUGACAAGCCAUGAUGUAUUCACUUCAGGUCAUUUGGCUGUGCAAAAAGGAUCAUUAGACUAAAUAUCAUUUCAGUGUUAACUUCAUGCAUGUCAACCUGGAGGGGAAAAAAAACCCUGCUACCAGUCUUAGAGCUGAGUUGUUUGCAGUAUGUAGCAGAAGAACAGUGCCAGUUCUUUGUUGCAAUGUGCAACACUGCUGAGGCAGGACGAAGAAAGGCUGCUUGUCCUUGCUGCAAGAUGAAUUCCUGUCGUGCUCAGGCAGCACAGUUAGGAGCAGAUUCCAAUUGUGAGUUGAUAACCAUUGAAUUUUGUUGAAUUAAAGCAGCUUUACUAAUAACUUUAGCCAGCUUCUAGAAAAACGGGUAAUGUAGAUCCAAAGAAACAGAAAUCUCUGCUGAUUGACAUAUCAGUUGUUCCUAGCUCUUCUUUUAUAUACAAGAUUAAGAGUAGCCACUACAGACAAGAAAUGUUCUAUAGCAAUAAUACCAAUCAUGGGCGAGUUGAUUCUUUUACUCCAGAUGGCUCAGGCAGCAGUUUUGAGAAGAUUCUUUUACAACAACUGGAUUAUAGUGGAUUAAAAAAAAACCAACACAUUUCACUGAAAAUAAAUUUUCACUUACCUGACUUUGGGGUUUGUUCAUUAAGAUUAUAUCUAAGUCCUCUAUUUUCUACAGUAUACUUACUUGGAAAUAAUGAAGAGAAGCAAUACUGAUGCUUUAUUUAGGUUAGCCAUAAAUAGUGUAGGAAUAAGGAAAUGAAAACAGCUGUUUAAAAGUUGCUCAUGUCUAGUACAGUAAUUCUGUUAACUUUUUUGCCUUCCCCCACUAGUUCAAGCUAGAAUCAAAGCUUUCAGUGUAGCAGUGUCGACAUCUUCUGUUUAAAACAAAAUGUAAGCACUGUGUUGCAUAGAACUUGGAAAUUUUGCACUAAUUGCUAAACUUUUGGGUUUAUUUUUCUUUGGAAAGAAUUCUUUUAUAUUCACAUAAAGAUUUUUAACAGUAA